AGAUUGCUCGCUCGCUCUAGUUUCUCACUGCAUUGCAGCCCGCGCUGGCUGCUGGAACUCAAACCCAAAUGGCGACUUCCAGCUCCAGCAGUAAUCCACUAUCAAACUCCAGCACCAACACGCCACAGCACCAUCAGAACCAGAGCCAGAGCCAACACUUCAGCACCAUGAGCAGCAUGCAGGGGUUUCAGAUAAACCUUUCUGGAGCUCCUCAAAGUAAACGUAAAGCCCUGAAAUUGAAUUUUGCCAAUCCUCCGAUCAAAACUACUUCCAGAAUCACCCUGAACACGGCCGGACUUCCUUUCCAGAACCCACACAUAGAGAGGCUGCGAACCCACAGCAUCGAGUCGUCUGGGAAGCUGAAGCUCUCACCAGAGCAACACUGGGACUUCACCGCAGAAGAUCUGAAGGAUCUCGGAGAGAUCGGACGAGGAGCGUAUGGCUCGGUCAACAAGAUGGUGCACAAACCUAGCGGAAAAAUCAUGGCGGUCAAAAGGAUCAGGUCGACGGUGGAUGAGCGAGAACAGAAACAGCUGUUGAUGGAUCUAGAUGUGGUCAUGAGGAGCAGUGACUGUCCAUACAUCGUUCAGUUUUACGGCGCUCUGUUCAGAGAGGGGGACUGCUGGAUAUGCAUGGAGCUCAUGUCUAUCUCCUUCGACAAAUUCUACAAAUAUGUUUAUUCCUCUUUAGAUGAAGUGAUUCCAGAGGAGAUUUUAGGAAAAAUAACAUUAGCUACUGUGAAAGCACUUAACCACUUAAAAGAAAGCUUGAAGAUAAUUCACAGAGAUAUAAAGCCAUCAAAUAUCCUCCUGGACAGGACAGGUAACAUUAAGCUGUGUGAUUUUGGCAUCAGUGGACAGUUAGUGGACUCCAUCGCCAAAACCAGAGAUGCAGGCUGCAGACCAUAUAUGGCACCGGAAAGGAUAGACCCCAGUGCUUCCAGACAGGGUUAUGAUGUCCGAUCUGAUGUGUGGAGUUUGGGAAUCACGCUGUACGAGUUGGCCACAGGACGGUUUCCUUACCCGAAGUGGAACAGUGUGUUUGAUCAGCUGACACAGGUGGUGAAAGGCGACCCGCCUCAGCUCAGCAGUUCAGAGGAGAGACAGUUUUCUCCCAAAUUCAUCAACUUUGUCAACCUGUGCCUUACAAAAGACGAAUCUAAAAGGCCAAAGUACAAAGAGCUUUUGAAACAUCCCUUCAUUCAGAUGUACGAGGAACGUAAUGUAGAUGUGGCCAGCUACGUCUGCAGGAUUUUAGAUCAGAUCCCUGCGUCUCCCAGCUCACCGAUGUACGUUGACUGAUGAAGACGCCGCUGGAUAUCAACACGGGCAAGAAAUGUUGUAAAGAUUUGCUCCAUCACAGAACUGCAGUAUUAAACCAUGAUAAAACCCAUCCAGAAACACCGUCUGCAGAAGAACGGUGUUCGACUCGAGCUCAACUGUAAGAUACCUCCAACCCAUCUCACAAACACACACACACACACACACAUCCGUUAAGAGUAAAUAUAAUAGUGUCUGAAUAAACGUGACGGUCUUGUGGUCGGAACGCCUCUGAUCUUAAAUAUGGAUGCAGAAUAAUGAUUUUAAACGAUUAUAAAAUGAAAUAUUAAGCCUGGAAUUGUAUUUAUACUUCUGAAAUCACUUGUGGAAUAUAUGAUUUGGAAAAGCUUUGACAUACUGGAAUAUUAUUUGUGUCUGGUCCCCUCCUCAUCAUGUAUGUGCUAUUAAACAUGUUUUGUAUGUUAAAGAGGUUUGUGUAAGGAUGCAGGUUUGCCCUGGGUUUAUAUCCUCAUCCAGUAUGUGUGAGUAUGUGCUGUUAUAUCAAUAAAACUGAGGACGAUUCAAACCA